AUGGAUAUACUUAAAGCUGAGAUCGAGAGGAAGAGGAAACUCAUCGAGGAAAAGCAACUCGUUGACGAAUCCAAAAAAUUCUUUAAAAGAGGUGAUCUUGCACGCAAGGAGCAAGAGGACUACUAUCGCAGAUGCGGCUAUAAGGUUCAGAGAGAGACCCCUGACAGCCAGAUCGACAAAAACGAAGAGGAUGAAGCUUCCACCUCGGCUAAUCCAGUGCUGGAGCUGGAACUGACGGAAGAGAAGCUACCCAUGACGCUGUCGCGGCAGGAGGUCAUCCGACGCCUGAGAGAGCGAGGCGAGCCAAUCCGUCUGUUCGGCGAAUCCGACUAUGACGCCUUUCAGAGACUCCGCAAGAUUGAGAUUCUGACUCCAGAAGUUAACAAGGGUUUGAGGAACGACCUGAAGGCUGCCAUGGACAAAAUCGACCAGCAGUACCUAAAUGAAAUUGUCGGUGGCACGGAGCCAGGAGAACUGGACACACAGCAUGACCUCAAAGUGCAUGAAGAGAACACUACUAUUGAAGAACUUGAGGCUCUUGGCAAAAAUCUGGGCAGAGGAGAUGAUGAAGGAGACCAGGACGUCAUUGACAAAUUUUUAAGUUUCCUUCUUGGUGUGUGGGCCAAAGAUCUGAACAGUCGCGAGGACCACGUGAAGCGUAGCGUACAGGGGAAGCUGGCCAGCGCUACCCACUCACAGACUGAGUCGUACCUCAAACCCCUCUUCAGGAAGCUCAGGAAGAAGAAUUUACCAGCUGAUAUCAAAGAAUCCAUCACUGACAUCAUCAAAUUCAUGCUAGAGAGAGAAUAUGUCAAGGCAAACGACGCGUAUCUCCAGAUGGCCAUCGGAAAUGCUCCUUGGCCCAUCGGCGUGACCAUGGUGGGCAUCCACGCCCGUACGGGUCGAGAGAAGAUCUUCUCCAAGCACGUAGCCCAUGUGCUUAACGAUGAAACGCAGAGAAAGUAUAUUCAGGGACUCAAGAGACUAAUGACUAUCUGCCAAAAACAUUUCACGACGGAUCCAUCAAAGUGUGUGGAGUACAACGCUCUUUAA